UUUUUAAAUAUAUUUCAGACUUUUAAAAUGAGCUCAAAAACUAAUGAUCCACCAACCAUGAAAGGGAAGGAAACUUCUUGUGAUCGGAGUCUAUAUGUCCUGACAGAAGCUACUCUUAUUGUUGGAGCCAUCCCUUCGGUUAUUCUCUUUAUACUCGCUAUAUCUACUUGAUUGAUCUUACUCAUUGAGCAGGAUGAUUACGAUAAGUGAAUUGCAACUAAAAAGGCACAGAAAAUAUUAGCAGGAGGUAAUAGUGAUGAUAUUUCCGACUAUCUAGACUGGAACCUCACCGGAUCAUCCAUUGCCUCAUAUGUUUUCCUAAUAUUCUAUGGGCAAAUGCUGUUCUUGAUAAUGCCGUUCUUGUACAAAUACACAGGAGUUUUAAUAAUUUUAGUGAUGACUCUUAUGUUUGGGUUUAAUAUUGCUGCAACCAUAUGGAUAAUAGACAAUGACUGAGAUGAUACAACAUACUACUACACUGCGAUUGCGAAUAAUGCAAUCCAAUACAUCCUCUCAAUUCUGGUCUUAUUUGUAUCUUUAAUAGUUUUCUGAUGAGCGGGUUCAAAAUCAUCGAAUGAUUCAGCAAGAGUUGCUAACGAACUCAGAAAAGAAGCCAAACCAACCGAGCUGCCCAACUCCAAACAAGAAGAAAGGAAGGAUGAAAAGUGGGAGGAUAACAAAAAUGAAGACAAGAAGGAUAAUAACGGUGAUCAAUGGGCAAACAAUAAUGAAGUUAAAAGCAAUAUUGGCAAUAGCUGGGAUGGCAUUAACGACAAAGAUGAGGAGGAAGAGGAAAUUUAUUAACCAAAAGAAUGUCUGACCAACACUCUGGAUGUUAAAUCCAUCCAGAAAUAUUUUUAGCUUAAUAGUUCAGC